AUGUUCAUCAGAUAUCAGUUUAAGUAUCCACGUCCACCAAAGCCAAAGGCCCCAAGGGUAUAUGAGGCACAUGUGGGGAUGAGUAGCUCUGAAGCCCGCAUAAAUUCUUACAGGGAAUUUGCAGAUGAGGUUUUGCCCCGUAUCCGAGCAAAUAACUAUAAUACAGUCCAGCUGAUGGCCGUGAUGGAACAUUCUUAUUAUGCAUCAUUUGGAUAUCAUGCAACGAAUUUUUUUGCUGUGAGCAGUAGAUCUGGAACCCCUGAAGAUCUUAAAUAUCUGAUAGAUAAAGCCCAUAGCCUAGGGUUGCAGGUUUUGAUGGAUGUUAUCCAUAGUCAUGCUAGUAAUAAUAUUACCGAUGGACUCAAUGGCUUUGACGUUGGUCAAAACUCACAAGAUUCUUACUUCCAUACUGGAGAUAGAGGUUAUCAUAAGUUGUGGGAUAGUAGACUCUUUAAUUAUGCCAACUGGGAAGUUCUUCGUUUCCUUUUAUCUAAUUUAAGGUGGUGGCUCGAGGAGUUUAACUUUGAUGGAUUUCGAUUUGAUGGAGUAACAUCAAUGCUGUAUCAUCAUCAUGGAAUCAAUAUUGCAUUUACUGGGGAUUAUAAUGAAUAUUUUAGCGAAGCAACGGAUGUGGAUGCUGUUGUCUAUCUGAUGUUGGCUAAUUGUCUGAUCCAUAGUAUUUUGCCAGAUGCAACUGUAAUUGCUGAAGAUGUUUCUGGCAUGCCUGGAAUUGGUCAACCAGUUUCUGAAGGUGGAAUUGGUUUUGACUAUCGUCUAGCCAUGGCUAUCCCUGAUAAAUGGAUUGAUUACUUGAAGAACAAGAAUGACUACACAUGGUCAAUGAAAGAAAUCUCUUGGAGUUUGACAAAUAGGAGAUACACUGAGAAAUGUGUUUCCUAUGCUGAAAGCCAUGACCAGGCCAUUGUUGGUGAUAAGACUGUUGCAUUUCUCCUAAUGGACGAAGAAAUGUAUUCUGGCAUGUCUUGCUUGGCUGAUGCUUCUCCUGUUGUUGAGCGAGGGAUUGCUCUUCAGAAGAUGAUACACUUCAUAACCAUGGCAUUGGGUGGAGAGGGCUACCUUAAUUUUAUGGGCAAUGAGUUUGGCCAUCCGGAAUGGAUUGAUUUCCCAAGAGAAGGCAAUGGAUGGAGUUAUGAGAAGUGCAGACGUCAGUGGAAUCUGGUGGAUACAGAUCAUUUGAGAUACAAGUUCAUGAAUGCAUUUGACAGAGCAAUGAACUUGCUUGAUGAUAAAUUCUCAUUCCUCGCAUCAACAAAACAGAUUGUGAGCAGUGCAGAUGAUGAAGACAAGGUUAUAGUCUUUGAGCGAGGAGAUCUGAUAUUUGUAUUCAAUUUUCAUCCAGAGAAUACGUAUGAAGGGUAUAAAGUUGGAUGCGACUUGCCUGGGAAGUACAGAGUUGCAUUGGAUAGUGAUGCUUGGGAAUUUGGAGGUCAUGGAAGGGUUGGGCACGAUGUAGAUCACUUCACGUCCCCGGAAGGCAUACCAGGAGUCCCUGAAACAAAUUUUAAUAAUCGCCCUAAUUCAUUGAAGGUCCUCUCCCCUGCUCGUACUUGCGUGGUAUAUUAUAGAGUGGAAGAAAACCAAGAUGAAGGCAGCAAUAACAGUUUGGUUGGGCUAGAGGACACUUUUGCCGCAGCAGAUGUUGCAAAAAUUUCUGAUGAAUCUACUUCUAUAGAAAGUAAAGAUAGCAAUAAUGUGGAUGGGGUGAAAGAGACAUUAGCUUCAACAGAUGUCUCUGCUGAAGUUGCAAAAAUUUCUGGUGAGUUGGUUUCUGUAGAAAGUGAAGUUCGCAAUUUGGAUAAGGAGGGAAGAGAUGAUAACAGCAGCUUCUAUAGAAAGUGA